CUACUACUUCCAUACGGGGAGUAUUUUUUUUUUCAAAAAUUGAAAUAACACCCAUAAUUGAUUGUAAAUUAUAAAGAAAAUUUUCAAGCUGCGUUUCGAAAGUUAGGAUGAAGUAUGAUAUCAGUUCUAUUGUGUUGCUUUUUUUAUUUUAUUGUGACAAACUUGACGAAUCGUAAGUGUUAUUGUGUAAAUUUAAUAUCCCUUUUAAUCGCUCCGUAUUUAUCAAAAUCGUGAUGUUUCUAUCUAUAUAUGUAUAUGAUUCUACUUAUUGCAGCAAAAAUGAGCUAAACAGGCCAACUUUACGUCAAAUAGGGGACAAAGGAUAUCUUAUAAGCACCCACUCACAAGACUUGUUAAGCAAACAUUAGUGCAAUUAAUUUGUAAUUUAUGUUUCCGAUUGCCAGAGAAUAUUUUUUGCGAAAAAUGUCAUAUGACACAAAUAUCUCAAUUUCCUUAAAGUAUUUUUUUUAAACAUCUGACAAACCCUUUAAAAACCAACCAUCUUUACACGCUUUUCUUCAAGUGUGUGCGGAGCUAUUUCUUUGCAAUUUUGAGAUCAUAGUAGUGCUGUGUGCGUGUGACUUUUUAUGUUAUUUCUACCGACACGCUAUUGCGUCGCUUAUGUGGGUCCAAAGAUGAAGGCCGAAGGGUUGGUGGGAGUUUGUUAUUCUCUUCUGUCGUCGUGUGCGCUAUGUUGUUUCUUUUUUUUGUGUUGUUAUGUUUCUCGUUUGUGUCUCCCGAUGUUUUUCUCUACACAAAAUUCAACGCGCUCGCUACGGUCGUACGUUCGCCGCUCGCCGCUCGUCAGUUUGAUCGGAGUUUUGUAGCCGGGCGCAAGGCAAAUGCAGCAGCGCGCGCGUAACGUCCGCGAAUGCCGCUACUUAUUUGCUUCUUCCGGGCCCGGGGGUUGUUGUUUUGAUUGACAGAAACAUACGGUGUGCGUAUUUUGGCCCCUAUUUGCAUCUACGUGGUUUUUUUUCUGCCCCGCUAGUGUUGUGUGCGAAAGUUCACCAAAAUUCAACCGUGUGCCAGAUUCUGCCGUUUUAAUUGAAGCAAAAUAUACCUCAAAUGUGCAUUAAGUGUUCAUGACAUUCAUCCCAAAAAUCAAAGAACUGUUAAAAAAUCAAAUGAUAACUACAAGUGAAAGGACAAAGCGUUUGCUCGUACCGGUUAGUGUUUGUUCAGCCGUGAAUUUGGCCACGGUCCCUGCCGGGCUGUCGUGUGCGACGAUCAGAUGUGAUACGGACGUGUAGUACUGCUAGAGCCAGCCAGUUCAUUGCCAUACACAGAUAAAAACAGCAAGUUGCCACCCCUCGUUUGAGGCAACCAACCAGAAGCUAAGCAAAGAUAGUGUGUUAUUUAGUAUUUAGUGUACGUGGAAUAUACUCCUCUUACCCGAGCCAACAAGUGCCUCGCGAUCGUGAUUGAUCGUAACAGUGGCCGUGCAUAAUGUUCUCCUCGAUGCCACCGAGCGCUACCGGCGGUAGCGGAACCGACGUAAAGAAGGGUCCCACCAAUUGGUUUUGGUCGCUUCGGCGUCAACCGAAGCCGAAAAAAACCAUCCUCGAGCCGGACAAACCGUUACAGAAGAGCUGUGUCGAUUUACCGUCCGCCACAACGAACGGUGGCACGACACUGUUUGGAAGCAAUCGGCUAGAUGAGGUAGUGUCCACCAGCAGUUCCUCCAUCGAGCGUCCAACGGCCGGUUGUACAUGCGAGUAUGUCCAAGUGUUCGAACCACCGGAAACGGCUGGUAGCAUCUCAACGACCGCUACCAUUACGACGACCGUGUCUCGACAUCAGAACGAUGCGCUGCUGGAAUCUGCCUCAUCCGAUAGCAAUCUUGCCUUAAGUUCCUUAACUUCCCCGAUAGAGGGCGCUGCCGCCGGUGUACAACCAUUCGCAACGAAUAGUUUGCGGCGCCGGAAGGAACAAGUCGUGUACGGUGCGAAAACGGUGACGACAGUCACGAAAACGACCGUACUGAACCGUCAGCGUACGUACCGUGUGGGACUGAUAUUCAGUGACAAUGGGGAGCUGCUGAAUAGUAACCUUGACCUGCGGCAGUUGGUCGAGGAAAGUAAGCGUAACUUCCUGAACGCUCUUGGGAAUGCUGGUGGGGUGGAAAACUCUCCCGUUAUUCCACCACCACCUCGAUUACCGUCGGAUCCGACCGAGGAACCGAAUAACAAUGACCAACAGCGGUCGAAAGAGUCGGAUGAGCUGCAGCAGUUCAGCAUACUGAACGAUAGUAAUUUCGACUUCAUUGACGAUAGUGCCGAUCUGUUCAAUCGUAACUAUCCGCAUCAGCCUCCAGCGUCGUCCACCGUAGCAGAACCAAGACCGGCACUGUUGGUAUCACCGGCUGCGACGCUUCCCAUUACCAAAGUGUUACGGAUGUGUAACAACUGUAAAAACAAGAGUAAUCUAGUCUACCAAAGGAGCUGUUCGCAGCCCAAUCGUAAGCAAAUCAACGAUGAGCUGAACGAGGUCGAAUCGGAGAUGAAAUCCCACGAAAGCAAGGAGGAGAACAAACAUUCCAACAAAGACAAACAGAUGGCGCUCGGGCGGAAAAAGUUCAACAUGGAUCCAAAGAAAGGAAUAGAAUUUUUAUAUGAAAACCAGCUACUAAGGACAGAUCCCCAGGAUGUGGCGCAGUUCCUGUACAAAGGAGAAGGUCUCAACAAAACGGCAAUCGGUGAUUAUUUGGGCGAAAAGAAUGACUUCAAUGAGCAAGUGCUGAAGGCCUUUGUAGAAUUACAUGAUUUUACGAAUCUUAUACUGGUGCAAGCUUUAAGACAAUUCCUCUGGUCAUUCAGAUUGCCCGGCGAGGCGCAAAAGAUCGAUCGCAUGAUGGAAUGCUUCGCCCAGCGGUACUGUCAGCUCAAUCCAGACAUCUUCACCAACACGGACACGUGCUACGUGUUGAGCUUUGCCAUCAUUAUGCUUAAUACAUCGCUCCACAACCCAUCGGUGAAGGAGAAGCCUACAGUUGAACAGUUCAUAUCGAUGAACCGUGGUAUCAACAAUGGGGGCGAUUUACCGCGUGAACUAUUGGAGUCGCUGUAUGAGUCGAUACGAGCUGAACCGUUUAAAAUACCUCAGGACGAUGGUAAUGAUCUGAUGCAUACCUUCUUCAAUCCGGACAAAGAAGGAUGGCUAUGGAAGCAAGGUGGAAGAUAUAAAUCGUGGAAGCGAAGAUGGUUUAUCCUGAACGAUAACUGUCUCUACUACUUCGAGUACACCACCGACAAGGAACCGAGAGGGAUCAUUCCACUGGAAAACAUUGCGGUGCGUGAGGUAACGGACCGUAGUAAACCGCACUGCUUCGAGCUGCACGCCAGUGGUGGCGCGGACAUUAUCAAGGCAUGCAAAACUGACAGUGAGGGCAAGGUGGUAGAAGGUAAGCACACCGUCUACCGGAUGUCUGCCGCAACCGAGGAGGAACAGCAGGAGUGGAUCAACCGCCUAAACCAGUCGAUCAGCCACAAUCCGUUCCACGACAUUCUAGUACAAAGGAAAAAGAAAGCCCUGGCAAAAAGUUAGUUAGCACUGUCCUGUUUGAAGAACUAAAACUAAAAAUCGAAACAAUAUUUGUCCCCUUCCAUCCCUCUUCUCAAAACGAACAACUGCAAUAUUAGCGCCAUGCAAACACAAAAAAAAACACACACACACAUCAAAACGUGCAUAAAAACAAACGAAACAACAGUGAAACAAAAAAUGUUCUCAUCAACCACAGUUCCAUUAUGAAAACAUAAAAAAAAGUUAAACUAAAGACAAAAGAUUGAGGUAAAAGCGUUAGCAGCAUUUUAGAAAAAUCAACAUAAAAAAAACAACAAGGCUGGUAGAUCAAAAGAUGAUGGACCGUGUGAAAGAUGCAAACAUUUUUUAUUACCAAAUUCAAAUGUAAACGUGCUAAAAAUCAUUAGACAUUUUAAGUGAGAGAGAAAAAAAGAAACAGCCGUAUUAAAACUACAUCCAAUAAAUGCGUGACAUCCAUUCAUCCAAUUUGGCUGCAUUUGGAUCGUGCUUUGUUCUCCGUUUUAACGCCCGUAACACCUGUAACGCUUCCUUGACGCUAGGAAAUAGCAACAUUUAGCUGAUUUGUUUUUUCCCGCUAUUUUGAUUGCCUUUUUGUUGUGGUAGCCAUAACCACAGGUUGUUUUUGCCUGCCAGUGUAUUUGUGCGUAUGCGUGUGCCUGUCCUGCGUGUAAAGCGUGCCGGAAGUUUCUAACGUGUAACAAAUGUGGGCCAAGAAAAUAGAAACUGAAUCAUAUGUGUUUGUUUGUUCGUUCGUUUGUUCAAAGGAUUAGGUUAGUUAGUUGAAAGUUAGUUAAAAACCAAUUAAAGUGCAGUUGAUAUGUUUAAGUAGUGUCAGAGCAAUUAGUUUAAUUGUCAAUUUGCCGUUGGGUUCUGUUAGCGAGGGUAAUUAUUACAACACCAUAAUAACAACUAUCUUCCUUAUCUUGUUUCCGCAUAGUGCACACGUUUACUGUUUUAGUGAUCGUGUCGCAAUAUCGAUCGGACGAAGGAUCGAAUUUCUGUGUGCGGAAUGUUUUAACUUGUGUUUUGUGGUCAGCACUUUCAGACGCUGUCCUUAUGUGUUGCUUCUAUGUAAGGAAGCACGGUGUGUCGAACUGUAUAUUUAAAUACGCAAGAAAACAAAACUCAGUAGUACAUGUGUGUGUGAAACGCGACAGUGAUCCGGCGGUGGAUCGUAACUGUGAUCAUGAUGAAUGUAGCGUGUGGAGAGAGGGUAGAAACCUAGUGAAAAUGUAUUGAUUUUUUUUUUGCAAUAGAAACAAGAAAACUCAAAUAACUUGUAAAUAUCAGCCAGUUUGUUCAGUUAGCCAGUUACUCAAUGUGCGCGUGUUUGCGGUUUAAGUCAAUUAGUUAGCGACCUUAUUUCAUUUUUACUCGCGCUUGUUGUGUUGCGAUUCUGUUGUAAAAUCAUAUUAAAUUUUAUGUUUUUUUUUUUUGCAAAUAUCUUCUAACUUCGAGCAAACGUAUCUUACCGCUCGCAAUUUGUUUUUCCUCUAAUUUGCAAAUUAGUUUCGUUAAUAGAAAAGAAAACUAUUACAAAUUACAUAUUUGUCACAAACCCCGUAAAUCGACAUAAUGUUGAACAUCCACAACCGAAUACCUUGUCCACAUAAUCCAAAGCAAAUCAGAUAUUCUACAAGCCUCAAAGAUACUUUGCAAAAGCCUCAAAGAUAUUAGUAUAUAGCAAACGGAUACCGAUAAGAAGAUGUAAUACAUUAUAAUGCUCGCAAAACGUGCUUCUCCACCUACAAGACACCUACAAGGUGGUUCUCAUUUUAACGACCUUCUUCCUGCCGUACUACAAUGCGAAUGUUAUAGUUUUCCAUUCAUGCAACCUUUCCAAUCAUACGCGAAAAUCCAAAUACCAAUUCCAAACCAACGACCUUUUGUUUUGCGAUUAAUUAUUUAUACAACUCCACCGAUACACAUUUUCCCAAAAACCCCGCCGAGGUCGCAAGCUUCUCAAAUGAAAAAUAAAACUCCCUAUCGGUCGGUUUUUGUAAAUGCAGCCGACACAUAUAUAGCCCCUCCCCGGUGUAAUUGUUAAGGCCCCCCGUAACUAUUAACUCGUAAACUCAACCAACUCAAUCUACUCGAUCGUACGCAUCGUUGUCGCGCAUUAUUGUAAAGAGUAAAAACCACCCAAGAGGGGAUAAAAAAAACACACACACACCCUAGAUAUGUAUACAUAUUAAUGCUGUAGGGACACAUCAAGCCACGGCGUGGUGGAGCACCGUAAAUGGAGACGAAAGGCAUGUAGGCUAAAUUUAUAGCAUGUAGUUGUAAUGCGGUACUGAAUUAUUGGUUGAACAAGAAGUGUGUGAAAGAAUGUAAAUGUAGUGCUGUUUUGUAUUUCAUUUUAUUUUUCAAACAUUUUUGCAACAUGCUUUUCCCGUUGUUGCAUUUCCCCGGUGGUCCGUUAAUUAGACCGGUGCGUUUGACCAAAGAAAGAACGUUUGAUUUAAUGUUUUAUGUUGAAGUAACACCCCAACGCAGCUUUAAUGUGUGCAACAUUGAUAUCGAUAGUCUUCCGGUUUCAGUUCGGCCAGUGUUUUAAUUUGAUGGUAAUACGCCGAAUAAAAGUUAAUUUGCAACGGACACUGACAUAAGACAAGUACGGAGUCUUGCACACGGGGUAAACGCAUCAUUGAAUAUUGGCGCGGUUCCGGAGGUGGAGAAAAUGUUCGUACCAAAAUCAUUUCACACGUCGCGGAUGAUGGAAAUUGGAAACAUUCCACCGAGUGCUUCCGCAUCAUCCGCAAAACGAGCGGAACGCGUAGAAGGCAAAAUCGAAUAAUACGAUAAUAAAUAGGAGCUCGCGAUCGAUUCGAUAAUGAUGAUUGAAAUUCGAUAAUAAAAAGAGCAUAAAUAAUGGCUAACAAAUCGGGGAAAAAAAACACCCUCAUCCCGGAUAGUUAGCGUUCCGAAGUGCAUCGAUUGCACUGGCAACAGUACACCCCCCUUUCUGUAUGGGCUGUAUGCCAGUGGCAAAUUCUCUGAUGAGGUCCUGGUGUUAUUUUUUUUAGUCGAAACUAUAAUAACGAAAUAAAAUUCUUCCAUUCCCAGGCAAAAGAGACUCAUUCGGCAGACGGAAUUUGGCCGUGGUACGUUAGUUCUUGUUGGCUGUCCGUGGCACAAUUAAAAUGAUAUUUAAAACGUCUCCCGAUCGGUUGUGCUUGGAACAACGAAACUUUGGAAGGCACACGUGUGGUACAUAUAUGAAUUAAUUCAAUUUAAAUUGAUUUUCAUCUGGUUUUGUGUAUUCGAUUUUCGCAAAUCCGCAACCACGGUUCGUACGGGGAAAUCGAAACGAAUCGGGUACCGGGAACUAACGGGAAUAUUCGAACCAUUCGGAAGGGGAUCGUUACUGAUGAAGUUCGUGUUUUUCAUUUUUCGUUAAGUGUCCCUCGUUGCAACGGCGCUGCAGAUGCAUCUGGGUGGGUAUUAUGGUGCUUUUUUAUGACCAUUUUAAACGUACUUCACCAAUGUGUCUGUUUCUCAUUUUAAUAUUUAUUUUGCUAUUUUUUUUUUAAUAUUUAUUUUCCACUGAUAGACUCCAUCCUACUCGAGCUUGUAUCCCUAACUGCUGUGGAGUCGGUUUGAUUUAUCCACUUUAGUGGACAAUCAAAUGUGCCUAUUUCGACCACCACACCACGCACAAAGGAAACGUGUGUUUUGCCAGUCCGAUAUUGACCCAGUUCGGCGCUGCUGGGAAUGUGCUUGUUGGUCAUGGUUGAUUGUAACAUUCGUUUUACAUUCAGCUCACCGAAUGUAUGUGUCCUUUUUCUACCGCGAGGUUAGUUUUCGGGGACAAUUAGUGUCACGGUGUAAAUCAUGAGAGAAGCAAAAAAAAUGAUAAAGGCUUUAUUUUAUCAUUGUGAAUUAUGUGAUUGUGUGUGGGGUAACCGAUUAAAGCACUAUUUUUUUUUAUUUUGCAUCUCUUUUUUAGUUUGUUUUCUUUUUGUGUUUUAAAAGAAAUUUAUUUAGAUAUAGGAAGUGGAAUAGAAAAAAAGGGGAAAAAACCUUGGGAAACAUGCAAGUGGCAAUUUUUGUUUUUCAAAUAUAAAUCAUGAUCAACAUUUUAAUAAUGAUUGUAAUGAAAUUUUAAUAUCUUAAAAUAGUUUACAGAAACAGUAGGAUUGUUUAUUUGAAAAGAAAAAUAUUUAGGCGAGCGAUUUUGAUAAUGGGAAAUAAUGUUUUGGAAAGUUGUCGAUAGCAUCGUGUUCCUUAUUGUAACAGAACGAAAACACGGAACAGAAAAUUAGAAUAAAAAGCAAAAGCUUCAACAGAUGGUACAGAAACCAGAAAAAAGCAACGAAUAGUAGUAUAAAAAAAGGCGUCAACAAAAGAAUAGAAAAGUCCAAUUAAUAGGAGAAUGUUUGUGAUUGUAAGCAUGAAGAGUGUGUAGCGUGGUUUUAGACAAGUUCAGUUAAAAUGUUUUCUGUUUUGUUAAAUUUGUAUAAUAGGAAAGCUUUCAAUUACGAAUGUUAGAACGUUUAUAAUAAGAUGAGAAGUCGAUAUUGAAUUUGUAAUCAGGAGUAUGAAAUGAAGUGUGGAAGGAUUGGUUUUAUUUCCAAAAAUGUUUUGCAUUUUCCAUUCAGCAUACUGCCACCAUAAUCAAAAUGGGAUUACACUCAAAAAACACUCAAGCACUCAAGAAGGAAAGCAGUGAACCCGCGUACAGGACCACUAGAGGUAGUGCAUCAGCUUCCCAUAAUAUUGUACUAAGUUAAAAUGAAGUUGAACAGUGGAAAAUAUGAUAAUAACCGUUGUGGUUUUAUAGCGAUACUCGAAUAUCUAA